AUGUCUAAAGAAAGAUAUGUCCAAGUUCUAAUUUAUUAUGAAUGCAAAGCAAAUGCGCAGGAACGUCCAUAUGUCUCCCGACCCUCCCGUACACAGCAACUUUCCAAUCCCAAGCUUGUUCCAAAAUUGACUAGUGAUGUACCACAAGAUCUUUUGAAAAAUGGAGCAGGAAAGAGGCCGUAA